GGUUUGGGCAACAUGAUUUUUUCAUGGGACCCAGAAUUCCUGGCUGGACUCUCGCUAUUGGCUAUAUGAUAUGAAAAAAGAAACCAUAAAAUCACCUUAAUUUCGACAAAAACAUAUUUGACUUACUUUUUCAUGAGAACAUACAUAUAUCACUCGUGAGAGUACAUUGGUGGAGCUCUAGCAGGGCUUCCAGGUAAGUGAGCAAGCACUCGGCGAAGCCGGUAUAUUCCACGGCUGAAAAAGUCUGGUCAUCUCGUCCCAUAUUUGCUUAGCCUUCCGACUGUCGCGCAAAUACGGGCGAGUGUUGUCCACAUGGCCACGUUAGCUGCCGUUUGACUGAUGAUAACACCGUGAGCCUCAAACUCACCAUACUCCAUCAAAUGUUUGCUUUUCAAGCUGUUAAAUGUGCUACCCCAUACAUGAUUGUUUUUGUCUUGGCACGCCUGCGCACUGUGAAGGAAAGUUGGAGGAGGACGCUGCCCAAGACUAGUUCGGGCAAGACACAUGCAGGGAUCGGUUAUGCUGAUUUGGAGAAUCACGUACUGUGCAGCCCAAAAACUGUCAUGCGAAUCGCCAGCAUCAGUAAGUCACUGACAUCUGCAGCUGCUGCUCGCCUGUGUGAAGAAGGGAAACUAGAUCUGGAUGCUCCAAUCCAGAAAUACGUACCAGAGUUUCCUCAGAAACAGUUUGAUGGACAGAACGUCACAAUAACCCCUCGCAUGAUUCUCUCCCACUUAAGUGGAAUACGGCAUUAUGAGAAGGAUGCAAACAAAGUGAGAGAGGACAAGGAGAAAGCCAAGCGACUUCUAAAGCCUUUACUAAAGGGCAAAAAAGAAGACAAGAGCUCACGUGAAAGCAAAAGUGAACCCUCAAAAGAUCAUAAUGCCCAAUCCAAAGAGGCACAGAAGAAAAAUGAGUUUGAGCAUGAAGAGUACUACUUGAAGGACACUUUUGAAAGUGUCACCCAAGCUUUGGACCUUUUUAAGGACGACCCACUCAUUUUUAAACCAGGUACAACUUUCUUGUACUCCACCCACGCCUACACCCUCCUCAGUGCAGUCCUGGAGCAGGCUGCCGACCAGCGCUUCCUAGAUGUCAUGAUGAACCUGUUUCAUGAACUCGGAAUGCUCAAUACUGUGCCAGAUCAGAAUGAACCUAUCAUUUAUCAUCGCUCCAGAUAUUAUCAUCUGAACAAGCGAGGACGGGUGGUGAACUGCCCGUACGUAGACAACUCGUACAAGUGGGCAGGAGGCGGCUUCCUUUCUACUGUGGGUGACCUGCUACUGUUUGGUAACGCUCUACUGUACAGCUACCAGAUUGCUCUCCUAAAGGACACAGACGGCCUGCUUCCUGGCUUCCUCAAACCCAAAACCGCCAUAGCUCUAUGGACCGCGGCAGACAAGACGGAGGCCAGCUGGGACAAGGAUGGACGCUACGGCCAAGGCUGGCUAGUUGUGGACAAAGUGCAGAAAUACGGGCAGUGCAGGAAGCGCAGACAUUAUGUGUCACACACAGGAGGCGCUGUGGGGGCCAGUAGUGUCCUCCUGGUGUUACCCAGUGAGGACAUUGAACUGCAGCAAGGACAGAGCACCCUUCCACAGGGUGUUGUGGUCACUAUUAUCACCAACAUGCAGUCUGUGGGACUCAACAGCACCGCCCUGAAGAUUGCACACAAAUUUGACAAAGCCAGAAGCGCAUAAGUUAUUUCCAGGAGAUGUGAGUGUGAUACAUUUUCUGAAUAUUCUUGAGAAAAAGAAUAGUUUUAUAUGAAGAUUAAUGAAUUGAACACUAUUGAAGUAAUGAACAUUAAACCCAGAUACCUCACUGAUUCUGACACAUGAGAGUGUCUAUGCACAAGUCAAUGUGAUUAUGAAUGAACAAUGCACAACACACUGUUUGUCUCUGCGUCAUAUUUAAUCACCUUGUUUUGGACUCACCUUAUUUUCGUAAUACAUGUGUGAGUGUGAUUGCUCGUUGCUAUAUCAACUAAACUGACGUUAGUCCAAAUCAACAAGUUUUAUAUCAAAAGUUAGUGUAACACACCACUGAAAAUGCAGUCCAACCUGUUUUAAUGCUCACUGAAAAACAUUAAAUUGAAUUAGAUUUGGCACCAUUGUUGCUUCCUUGUGCAGCUUUUACCCUUUAUUAUGAAAUCUUUAUUCAUCUUUCAGUUUUUCAGUUUAAAGGGGAAAAUAUACAAUAUAGUAUUGUAAUAUUAAUUAAAAUUAAAACUGUGUUUCAGGUUCAGUCCACUAGAUGGUGCUCACUACUAGAAAAGUCAGCCGCAAAGACAGCAAGACUAAGUAAAUACCAAACGGUACUAUGCAGGAAGAGGCAUUAUUAAUUGUCAACAGUCAUCAGAAUAUUUCAAAAUCUUUGUAAAAGGCGCGAGUGGGUGUGUAUUGCGGGUGGGACUCCAAAAAUAACACUUUUGUUCUGAAUUCAAAUCAUUUAGUAGAUUUCAUUGCCUGUAUUUACAAAAUCAAACAUAACAUUUACCCAUCAACUGACAAAAAGGAUCACAUUAGAAUUCAGUGUUAGUGUUUCAAGCACACGUGUAUUUUACAUGCGCAGCUAUGCUUUGUAAUGAUAUUGUGACAAAACUCACGGAUUGAAAUGUGAUCUAAUAGUAGCGAAAUGGACCGUCUAAAGUCACAUAAAACAUAUUUUACAACGCCGACCACAGAACAAAAAUGCGACUUCCUGUGACAUGGCAAAGCGGUACGCUGUGUACUGUGUCCUUGCUGUCCUGUAAAAUAUGGCUGGAGAACGGAAUGUACGCUGGAAAGUGAGUUGCACUUAAUUUUUAUGUUAAGAGACUCGCCGCCCAUCACUCGUCAUCAAAGUUGAGCUUAUUGUUUGAAUAUUGGAAUGUUAGUUUAAACAUGGCUUAUAAACGGAGUUAUGGCGACAGUCAGCCCCGAACAAAUCAGUGGUUGACCAGCAUCCUGGAACAUACAGUUUUCUGUUCAACCUUUGAAGUUUCACUAUAACACCAAAAUGGCUAGCUCCAGCUGUAUUUCCACAUUGGGCCUAUAUCCAUUAUUGUGAAUACACCUUAUUGUAGAAAACUGAAACAGAUGCUUGGUCAGUUGUUGUGUUCCUGCUCAUAAUGUCCAUCACUCAGAAAUACCUCACUUGAAUAAAUCAACACCGACUCGUCAUCAUACUCUUGGUUUU